AUGGCCGAUUCAGCUUAUGAGGCAGAGGAUUUAAUCGAGUCGCAUAUCGUGGAACCCACAAAAUUGAAAUCGCGCAUCAUAACACGAGUCUCACCAGUUUCUUUAAGGCCACAAGCAUUAGCUCGAAAGACAAGAGUUUUUGCAUCAGGGCUCAUCUUUCCUCUUUCUUGUUCUUCUUCUUCUCCACCAGUCUUUGAGAAAAAUCUUCCAAGCUUUAUUGCUUCAUCCAUGGCAGCUUUUGCAGCUCUGCUUUCUCUUAGGCACACCAUAGACCAAAUCCAAAACCAUCCUCGCCCUCCGAUCUCCCUCGACAAACUUCAAAUCAAUCCUCUGAUCGAAAACAUUAAUUUCUUGCUAUAUUUUAUCCAAAAACAUACUAAUGACGCCUUGGAGGAGCGUAUGGCCGAUGCAGCUUACGAAGCUGAGGAUAUUAUCGAAUCCCAUAUAGCCUAUUGUGUUGGCAAAGCUAGCAUCACUUCAAAUGAUGACUCGUUGUUCCAAACGUUACAAAAAGUGAUGCACAACUUUGAUUCCAUCGCAAAAGACGCGACUGAUAUUAAAGAGAAGACCGGGAAAAUCGAGGAGGGUUCUUCUUCUUCUUCUUCAAGAACUUCCUCAUCAAGAACUUCUUCUUUUUCUCCUUCUUCUUCGAAAACUUCUUCUUCUUCUUCUUCUUCUUCUUCUUCUUCUUCUUCUUCUUCUUCUUCUUCUUCUUCUUCUUUGAUGGUGGGCUUUGAUGGUGUCAAGAACUACGUCAUGGACAAGCUGACCGGCCAAAAUUCCGGUCGCCAAAUCUACCCAAUUUGCGGCAUGGGCGGGAUUGGCAAGACCACUCUUGCGAGAAAUAUUUACGCAAAUCCACUCAUCGUGCAAUACUUUGAUGUUCGUGGAUGGGCUACAAUUUCUCAAGAGUACAAUUCAAAAGAGAUUCUGUUAGAAGUCCUUCUCUGUUUGAAAACCAUAGGGAGCACUGAAAAGUUCGGCCAAACUAGCGAACAAGAGCUAGGAGAGAAACUAUAUAAAAGCUUAUUUGGCCGACGAUACCUAAUUGUGAUGGAUGACGUGUGGGAUAUCGAAGCUUGGGAUAAAGUGAAGCCGUUCUUUCCAGAUAACAAUAACCGGAGCAGAGUUUUGAUAACCACUAGGACGGUGAAAAUCGGUGUUCAACUGAAUGGUUGGGAUUUCAUUCUCAUGAAUUUUCUGGAUCAAGACAGAAGCUGGAAUCUUCUCCGUAGAUGCGUGUUUCGGGAAGAAGAGUGCCCUCCAGAACUUGAAGAUAUCGGUAAGAACAUUGCAAGAAACUGCAGAGGCCUCCCAUUAUCCAUUGUCGUGAUCGGAGGACUCUUAUCAAGAUCCGAACGAACAUGCCAACACUGGCAACACGUUGCGGAAAAUUUGAGCUCGAUUUUGAGUUUAGAAGAUGGGGAGCAUUGCUUUAAAAUAUUGCAACUGAGCUACGACCAACUGCCUGUCUAUCUAAAACCGUGUUUUCUCUACAUGGGGAUUUUCCCAGAGGAUCACAAGAUUCACGUCCCGACACUCAUGAAGCUAUGGGUCGCCGAAGGAUUCGUGGGCCGUGUCAAAGGUAAGAGCCAAAGCCCGGAAACAGUUGCCAGAGAACUCUGCCUACAUGAUCUCGUCCUUAGAAAUCUCGUCCAGAUUCAUACUAAGGGCCGUACAAGAAAAAUAAAACGCUGCACUAUUCACGAUCUCCUGAGGGACCUCUGCAUAAAGGAAGCCGAAAAAUACAACUUCUUACAGACAAUGGAAACAACGCGCGGCCUUGACCUCGGUCAAAGCUGGCCCGCCCAACGCCGUAUCGGCAUUCACCAAGCCACAUCAGAACAAGAAUACAUUCCUCGUCCGCUUCCUGAAGUCGUACAAUCUGCAUCACGCGCGCGUACUCUGAUAUGGAAUGUCGACGGAGCUUUACCUUCGGUUAUUCCUUUUAGAUUGCUGAGGAUUCUACACUCGGUAGAUGAAUUCGAAUUUUUCGACGAGAGCUCGAGCAGCUGGAACGCGCGCCUGCUUGGAGAUAUUUUUCAUCUGGUUAACACGCGCCACUUGGCCAUCGUAGCUAAACUUCCAGCGCAUGAAUUUCCACCGCCAAUUUACCGUCUCUGGAACUUAAGGACGCUGAUAAUUAAUUCGGACCGGAACGAACACUGUAACAACCGUAACUGGCCUGUGCUCGACAUCUGGCAGAUGCCUCAACUCGUACGUGUGAAGAUACACAUGCUGAAGCUCACAGAUCCUCCUCCUGUGGAGGAAGAAAAUGGUUCCGUGGUCAUGGACAGUCUUGAAACGCUCGAGACCGUAUAUAACUUCACAUGCGGUGAAGAAAUGGUUAAGAGAAUCCCAAAUAUCAAAAAGUUGGGAAUAAAUUACGAGGAAAUCAAAGACUUAUCACCAAAUCACGGCCUCAACAAUCUCAGCCGUCUACAUAAGCUGGAGGUCCUUUCAUGCUCUUUUCUCUGGCCCGAGGUGCCGAGGCAAAGUGAGCUGGCAAGGGACUUUAUCACUUUCCCUGUUUCACUCAAGAAGCUGACUCUGGAAGGCACGUGCCUCGGCUGGGAGGACAUGACGACAAAAAUAGGCCCAUUGCCAUAUCUCGAGGCACUCCAGCUAAAUAUACAUUCGUUCGUGGGGCCCGAGUGGAAUACAGCCGAGGGCGGAUUUCGGAGCCUGAAAUACUUGGGCAUCAACAGCUGCUGGACUCUGGAGUGCUGGAUGGCGGGGCCCACGCACUUCCCGCGCCUCGAGCGGCUCGAACUAAUAGGUUUACACGAGCUGAAGGAGAUACCUUUGGGAAUAGGGGAUUUACCGAGGAUUAGGUGGAUCAAGAUAAGCUCGUGUUCAGACUCUGUCGUGCUCUCUGCAAAGGAGAUAUUAGAUGAAUACGAGUGUCUUGGGAAUGUGUGGCUUGAGAUUGAAGCUACGCUAGACAUACGGACCCAACUACAAGGAGAGAGCUUAGCGAGUCGGAACUUUCAUAUUGUUGAGUGUGCUGAAUGUGAUAGAAAAUUCAAUGAGAUUUACUUACUUAGAAGAUGGAGCGGUGAUGAGUAUUCCCUAGAAGAAGUUUUCCAGCCAGUCAACGCGCGCCAUCUUGCUGUUGAAUCUAAAGUGCUGGGAUCGGGACUCAUUUCCUCACUCUAUCGGCUCUGGAAUUUACCGAUACUAGUCGUGAAUCGGACAAACUGGAAUUUAUAUCAACCGCCACUAGACAGUUGGAGGAUGACCCAGCUUAGGCACGUCCAGUUGAACGAAUGUAUAGAUUCUGCCAUCAUAUCUGUGAAGGAAAUGGUGGAGGAACAAGAAGCUCUUGGGAAUGAAUGUCUUCAGGUGAGAGUUGUGCUCUACACGGAAAACCAAGUUCCUGAGGAAAGCUUGGCUAGACCUAACUUUCAAGAAAUAACUUACUGUAGGAUGGUGUUGAAGCUGAACGAGGAUCUUUGUAUAUCCAAGACGAUAGAGAAUAUCGAGAUUAUACAUGGAUAUCUUCUUUUUAGUAUCCAAAGAGGGCAAAGAACUGAUUCGAAGAAGCAGAAAACAGAUCAUUCAGUACUACAGAGAAGAGUUGGUGAUAAAAUCUGA